AUGUUCGCGAAGGCCAAGGCAGCGGCCGCGGCCGCCGCGGAGGCCGCGUCCAGAAACGCGAAAGCCGCCGCGGACAAGGCGAAGUCGAUGCGGAGCUCCGGCGGCGCCGGCGCGACGCCGGCGAAGGGCGAGAACAAGUUCCUAUCUCCCGUGAACAAGAAGGCGUCGCAGCCGCAGCAGCAGCAGCAGCCGCGACCGCCGGAGGACGGAUCGGAAGCGCCGCCGCCGGACGGCCCGCCGCCGGCGUACUCCGACGCCGUCCCCGGCGUCAUCGACAUCGGGGACUUGCUCUCCGGCGGCGAGCCCACGAGCGCGCCGCUGUCGCCGUUCGACGAGUCCAGACUCGCGAGGGCGCGCCCGCCAUCGCCAUCGCGCGACGACGCGCCGCGCGCGGCCGCGAGCGACGCGACGCCGGGGUCCCCCGACGACGGGAUGACCGAGAUCGACCUGUCCACCGCGGAUCCGGAUCCGGAUCCGGCGCCGGAGCCGCUGCCGCUGACGCCGCCCGCGCCCGCGCCCGCGGCGGCGCCGGCGACGCCGCCUCCCGCGCCGUCUCCUCCUCCUCCUCCUCCUCCUCCGCAGACGGCGUCGGCGUCGUCCGCCCCCCCGGCGCCGUCGCCGGCGUCGUCAAAACAAGACGACGCGCUGCGCCUCGCGCUCGCGCGGCUGCAAGAGGAGGCCGCGCGACUGCGCGCGGAGAAGGACGACGCGGAGGCGGCGACGCGCGCGGCGAAGGACGACGCGGACGCCGCGACGCGCGAGAAGGAGAGCGUGCGAGCGAUGGCGUCGGAGCAGUGGGUCGCGAUGAAGAGACAGAGCGCCGCCGCGGAGGAGGAACGCGCCGUGAACGAGAAGCGACAGAGCGCGCUUGAGCUCGCGGUGGGCGCGGAGAAGGUGGCGCGAGUGUCCGCGGAGAAGAACGCCGCGGAGGCGACCGAGCGCGCGGAGAAGGCGGAGCGCGCGCGCGUCGAGGCGGAGGCGACGGCGGCGGCGACGGCGGCGGAGGCGAAGGCCUCCGCGGCGGCGGAGAACGAGACCGCGUCGCUGCGCGCGCGCGUCGCGGAGCUCGAGCUGUCUCUCGCGGCCGCGGAGGAGUCCGUCGCGGUCGCGGCGCCGCCGCCGCCUCCGCUUCUCGACGUCUCGAGCCCGGCGGACGACGGGAAGGCGGCGGCGGCGGAGCUCGCGUCGCGGAUUCAGACGCUCGAGGCGGAGCUCUCCGCGGCGACGGCGCGCGCCGACGCGGACGCGAAGGCGGCCGCGAAGGCGUCGGAGGAGCUCGCGAAGGCGAACGGCGAGAUCGCGAAGCUCGCGGCCGCGAUGGAGACGAGAGAGAAGACGCAUCAGGCGGCGGCGGCGACCGCGGCGGCGGCGGCGACGGCGGCGGCGACGACCGCGAGCGCGUUGAAGAAAGAGCUGGGCGACGCGAAAGCCGCCGCCGUCGCCGCGGACGAGCGCGCGACGAAAGCGGAGAAGACCGCGAGCGCGGCGGCGGCGAAGGACGCGAAAGCCGCGCUCGAGCUCGGCGCGAAGAAGACCGCCGAGCUGAGCGCGAAGACGGCGGAACUCGAGGCGCGGCUGUCGGAGACGCGCGACGCUUUGAAAACCGCAGAGGCGUCCGUCGCCGCGGCGGAGGAGAAGGCGUCCAACGCGCAGGCGGAGUUAAACGCCAUGGAAGCGAGCGUUUCUUCUUCCGGGGAAGAACGCGACGUGAAGGUCGCGGAGACGCAGCGGGCGCUGGAGGCGGCGCAGGUGGCGCUCGCGGAGAAGACGAAAGAGGCGGCGGCGGCGGAGGACGCGCGCGCCGAGGCGGCCGCGGAGACGGCGGCGCGCGCGGAGGAGAUUCGAAAGCUCCGCGCCGCGGCGGACGCCGACGCGGCGACGCGCGCGAAGGCGACGGAGACCGCGGGCGCGGACAUCGCGGAGAAGAUCAAGGCGCUGGAGAGCGCCUUGGGCGCGGAACGGCACAAGGUGAUCGAGCUCGGGAUGGAGAUCGAAGCCGCGCGCGCGGCGGCGGCGACGGAGGCGACGGAGGCGGAGGACCUUCGGGGAAAACUCGCCGCCGCCGCCGCCGCCGCCGCGGACGCGACCGCCGCGCUCGACGCGUCGAAGAAGGCGCAGGAGGCGUCCAGCGGCGACCUCGCGACGAAGCUCGAGCGCGCGGAGGCGGCGGCGGCGGCGUCGGACGCGGCGAAGAAGGCGUCGAACGACGAGGUCGAGACGCUCCGCGAGGAGAUCAAAUCCGUCGAGGCCGCGGCGACCUCCGCGCGCGCCGCCGCCGCGGAGGAACUCGCCGCGGCGAAAUCCGAGCUCAAGUCGUCCGCGGCGACGCUCGAGGCGAAGGCGAACGAGCUCGCCGCCGCGGAGGCGAAGGCGAAGGCGGCGGCGAAGGACGCGGAGGACGCGAGGGCGGCGGCGGCGGCGGCGGCGGGCGAGGCGGGGGCGAACGCGGAGGCGUCGACCGCGGCGCUCGAGGCGGCGGAGCGACGCGCGUCCGAAGCGGAGCGACGCGCGGCGGCGGCGGAGCAGAGCGCGUCCGACGCGGCGAAGAGAGUGAAGGAGGCGACCGCCGAGGCGGACGCCGCGAGAGCCGCGUCGGCGUCGGCGAAGGCGACGUCCGGGGAGCUCGACGCGAAGAUCGCCGAGCUGACCGCGAUGCUGACGACGGCGGAGCAGACCGCGUCGGCGUCGGAGAAGAAGGCGGCCGAGCUCGCGUCGGCGGCCGAGGACGCGGAGACGAGAGCGGCCGCCGCGGAGGCGGAGAUCGCCGAGUCGAAAGCCGCCGUCGACGACGCGACCGGGGAGCUCUCCGGCGAGCUCGCGGUGCUGAAGACCGCGCUGAAGACCGCGGAGGACGCCGCCGCCGCGGCCGCGACAGAGACCGAGGCUGCGAAAGCGGCCGCGAAAUCGGCGGGCGAAGACGCGGAGAAGGCGCGCGCGGAGACGGACGCGGCGAAGAAGGCUGCGGCGGCGGAAGCCGGCGCGGCGAAGAAGGCGAAGGAGGAGACGCGCGCCGCAGCGAAGGACGUCCAAGCCGCGAAGGCGUCGCACGCGGCGCGCGCGACCGAGCUGGAGACGAAAGUCGAGGGCCUCGAGCGCGCGCUGAGAGACGCGGAGGAGAAGGCGGCGAAGGAGAAGCGCGAGGCGGACGCGCGAAAUGCGGCGAGCGAGGCGUCCGUCGCGAAGGCGGCGGCGGACGCCGCCGCCGCCAUCGCCGCCGCGGAGGCGCGCGCGUCCGACGCGGAGCGCUCCGUCGCCGACGCGGCGUCUUCGGAAAAGUCCGAAAACGCCGAGAUGCUCGCGAAAGUUCGAAAGUUCAAGAGCGACCUCGACGCGGCGAAGGAGAUACUCUUCAUGAAGGAGGAAGAGCUCGCCGCCGCCGCGGAGGUGCGUCAAGAGCGCGACGUGUUGGCGCAGAUGGUGAGGACGCUGCAGGAGCGCGAACGCGAGAGGCAGACGGCGCCCGCGCCGGGGGCGCAGCUCAAGGCGCAGUUCCAGAACUUGUUCCAGCGGAAGCCCCCGCCGCCGGGGAGUCCGCGCAAGUGA